AAAUAAAUGGAGAAGGUUAGGGUUUUGCCUACUCGAACCAGUAUCGCACGCUGCUCCGUCGCCAGUGUUUUUUUUUUUCGACAUAUGGCGGAAGAGGUCUCCGAGAAGCCCCAGUUGGUCGAGGGUGACGAGAUCGCGGCCGAAGGGAUGACGGCGGAGUCCGAAGGCCUAAAGAAACGGGAAAGAGAGGAGGUGGACAAGGAGGAUAGUGAUUCGAAGAAGCAUAAGGUUGAGGAAUCAUUAGAAGAAGGCGAUACCGAUGGACUCGACGGAAAGGAGGAAGCUGGAGUAGAUAUGGAGGUGGGAAGAAACGAAGAGGAGAGCGAAGCGGCUGGAGCAACUGUCGGACCGAAGGUAUUUGGAUCGUCAGUCGAGAUGUUCGAAUACUUCCUGAAACUUCUCCGUUCUUGGUCGACCAAUCUGAAUCUCAACAAGUAUGAGCAUCUGGUAUUAUUGGACUUGCUGAAGAAAGGACACCCUGAGCCCGCAAAGAAGAUCGGAGUAGGCAUCGAUGCGUUCCAGGUUCGCUUCCAUCCGACAUGGAAAAGUCGAUGCUUCUUCGUUGUUCACGCCGAUGGAAGUGCUGACGAUUUUAGCUUCCGCAAAUGUGUCGAUAAGAUACUGCCAUUGCCCGAUAACAUGAAAGCUGAUUCGUCGUCCGGUCACUCCUUCGGCGAUAGAAACGGGAGCCGAGGUGGUAGAAGAGGCGGUCGAGGCCACGGAAGGAGAGGCGGCGGCGGUUUCAGGAGAUAGAUCGAUUGUUUCUUUAUGUUUAAGAAUUUGAUUUAGUUUUGGCUCUAAUGGAACCUUGUGUUGUGAUGAGUAACUAUUAUUAUUAUUCAGCCAAA